AUGUGUUAUUUUUACGUUAUGUUCAAUGUACGUAAACGCACACAACACCUGCCCUUUGAUGAUAGGAGAAAUGUGAUGAACUCGAUUGUCGACAUGCAUUUUACGCAAAGCUUGUUGGAUUUCGAGCGUACACGAGAUCGAGAAAUAGCUAAUUGGCGCAAGCAGACACAUCUCGUUGAAUUCGCGGACUACUUCGAGCAGCAGUGGCUAAAAGGCCGCUAUUGGCGAUGGCAACUGUACCACAACCCUGAGGGCUACGUAUUAACCAACAAUCCCUGCGAGAACCUACAUGGAGGACUAAAGCAUUUUCUGCAGCGCCGUAAGCAUCAUAUGUGUCGAUUACUCGAAAAAAUC